CGAGUUAAGAUGAGGCGGACAGGGGAGGAGACAGCGCGGAGGGUAAACAGCAAUAAGACAAUCACACAUCGGGCUGUAUGUGUGUGAUUUAAUUAUUUUCUGAAGCGGAGUAAAUUUACCUCCAACGGGUUUAAGGAUAACCCUUGACCUUGGCAGUGGUGGGACGGAGACGCACAGCUCUCAAAGAUGGCAUCACCCUUCGUGCCUGUCCCUGUGCCCUUUGACAGAGCCUCAGCCAGAGGUAGCAGCAAGCUCAGACGCCCCCCCCGAGCCUCGUCACUUGGCAGCGUGUCCAGCAGCUCAGACUCGUCUCUCCCCCGGGCUGCAGGGGAGGACCUCAACAGACAAGGAUGUGGAGGGUUUGGUUCUCAGCGUCAGUCUCGCUGCACGGACAGAGGCAGCCGGAGCAGGACGCCACCACCCCAGCAGAGCCCUGUGACUCGGGCCAGGCUGAACGGGACUCUGGAUCAUUCUGUGGAGUAUUCCACUUGUCCUCGAUCCAUGUCGGAUCCUAUGACAAGCCAGCAGGAGGAGGACAGGCCUAUAACCCCCACUGUGCUGGGGUAUGAGGUCAUGGAGGAGAGGGCCAAGUUCACGGUGUUUAAGGUCCUGGUGAGGAAGAGUGCUGACGAGAGCUGGGUCGUUUUCAGGAGGUACACAGACUUCUCCAGACUCAACGACAAGCUGAAGGAGAUGUUUCCGGGUUUCCGCCUCUCACUGCCUCCCAAGCGCUGGUUCAAGGACAACUAUGACAGUGACUUCCUGGAGGACAGACAGCUGGGACUACAGGCCUUUCUGCAAAACCUGGUAGCACACAAAGACAUCGCCAACUGCAGCACAGCGGUGAGAGAGUUUCUGUGUCUGGAUGACCCACCUGGACCUUUUGAUAGUCUGGAGGAGAGCAGGGCGUUCUGUGAGACCCUGGAGGAGAGCAACUAUCGCCUCCAGAAGGAGCUGCUGGAGAAACAGAAAGAGAUCAGCUCCCUGAAGAGACGGCUGGAGGAGAAGGAGCAGGCCAUUCUGCUGCUGGAGAAGCAAAUCAAUGGUGAGUGUGCGAGUCCAGGGUCUCUGUGUGGACUGUCGGCUCAGGGCAGUGAGAGCAGCGCAGACGUAGAAGUAGAAUCAUCAGCUGCAGAAGCGGAUCAGGACAUGGCCGAGAACAACGGUGGCAGAUGUGAGGUCCAGCCGGUACGAUCCUCUGCCUGUUGGUGCGGCCCCUUGCUCAGUGCGUCUCCUCCGGUCAUCCAGGUCACUCAGCUUUACCACCACAAACUGGAACACUAAGGACAACUUCUGCAUCGCCUCUUUCAACUUAAUAUUGAAAACUUUAUAUGCUUUUCCUGCCCUCUUUUUGGCCUAAUCACCACAACCCCCACCCCCACCCCCCACCCCCACCUUCAGCUAUGGAUCUGCUGCAGCCUUGAACUCAGAACAGCAUGUUGGUGGUUAAAAGGGAACAUUUAUCCUGCAGCAGGGAGUUUCACUCAUAAUUCCCUGUAAACGCUGGCUGGUGGGAUAUUUCCUCUGGCAUCUGCAGAAGAAUCCACAGAUAACUAUGUCUUAAAAGACACUACUACUCUUUUGGAAACCUCAAAAUGAAUUUUCUCAAACUGUUCAGAAUGCCUUGGUUCAUGCAGUUUCCUUUUGAACCUCUGAUUGUGGCCGCCUCAAUGGAUCGUGGUGAUCUUGUGGUCACAGAGCCAGUUUGGCUUCCUGACCAAAAAUACCUGAAGACACUCAUCUGCAGGUGGGUUAAUGACUUAAAAAUCAGUGACAAUCUCGAGAGUCUAAACGUUUAUCUCAUGGGUUUGUGCUAACGUGCGUUGCCUUGAGGAAUCUUGUUGUGGGAUUUUGUUGUUGUCUUCUGAAAGAAGAGACACAAGCUCCCCCAUGUGGCUGUAGAGAAAAGAAAAAAGUCUGGAAAUCUCUCAUAAACACAAGAAUUCAGAUGGGUAUUACAGAGGAUGGAUGGCUUUCUGGUGCAGGUGCUUCCAUGACAUUUCUUUGUACUUUCAUGGAACUGUUGAGGAAUUUUUCACUUUCAGUCACAGUUUUUCCUCACAUUUCUUCUUGUUAAUAGUGCCAUGUAUGGUGAAGUUCUUAUUUUAGAGGACUUUAACAGUAAACACUUCCAUUCCUCAUAUACACUCACAUGAAUCCUGCUGCUGUGUGUUUAUUGUACAGUUUAAUCAGAGUCUGUUUUGUCAUUCAACAGAAAUCUACAUUUCUGGCCAGUCUGACUGAUGCAGGUCAUUUUGGUUAAUAAUGAAGGUUUGAAAUGUUCACUCACUGCCUCUACAUCAAUGACAAUUGAAAAUGAAACGCUGAACAGUAAAGCAGAGAUAUUGUUAUGUACUUCAGCACAGGAAGGCUGAACUUUCCCGUCCGGAGAAGUUCAGAAUCUUUUAAAAUGUUUCUUGUUUUGACACUUUGUGAAUCUAAAUUAGUGACAUUUCUAGUGACUCAUUUCCUUGUUGAUUUCAAGGACAUUUAAACUUACAAGUCGGCUAGUUUGCAGAAGUGAAAGGACUGAGAAAACAAUCAGAAUUUAGUUAAUUUACCACAGCUUGCGCUAACAAAACCAUGCUGUGUGUAGCUUAUUUUAUAUACCAGAUAAAAGGUGGCCAUGCUGCUGUGCUGUCACGCUUAGACUGCAAAGAUAAAUUACUGUUCUAAUGUCAUCCUGUUAUAUUUCAGGUUUUUAGUCAUGUAAAUGUUGAGAUUACAAAAUCUGUUUAUUAUUGUUAUUAUUGGUAACUGAUAACACUACUGAGUACAAAGACAUGGAUACUGAAAACCCAGAGAAAGUCGGGCCAUAUUUUAUGUUUAAAACAUGUUUGAUAAUGGCCAUUGGUUACCAUUAGACUGCAGCUAACUUUAGCAUUCAGGUUUUUCCUUCUUAUUAAUUAUGUUUGGUAAUGCUUUUUGUUGAUUUUAGAUAAUAAUGUCCAUCUUUAACUUAUUUAUUAAGCAUGAGGUAAACCCUCUGACUGUAUUUGCACCUCAUCUUUAUUAUGCAGCACUAUUUUAAAGCUCCACUUCUAUUUUCAUGUCACUCAACCGCAGCAGUUUAGAGCGCCUCAUCUACCGGUGGUCAGAUGAAUCCUAUAAAGAAUUUAAAAAAUAAACAGAAACGGAAUUGUUGCUUAUUUUCUAGGUGUUGAGGUAAAGAUCACUUAGCUGUACCCCAAACUGUAAACAUCACGUUCCAGGAUACCUAUUGUAAAGCUAACACUAAUAAUUACACCAUCAUUUUACGUCUAAUCAUUCUUAUUGAUUCAUACUGGUGUCCUUGUGUGUCAGCCCACAGUGUGCUUCAGCUUUGCAGGAGCAUGAAAGAGCACAAUAUGGCAGAAGCUCCACAAAAACACUCAGUCAGACAUGCGCACACACACACACACACACACCCACACACACACACACACACACAGCACUGUGCUCCCACAGGCUCUGCUGAUUAUUUUUGCCAUUUAAAGGUACAGUGUGUAAUAUUUAGCCUGGUAGCCUUCAGCAGAAAUAGCUUGGUAAGAAUGAAACAUAGUUUCUGUAAUAGAUCUGUCUCCAUGAGUGUUGAAUCACCUGAAUACAAAAAUGUAAUUCUUUUCAUUAACUCGGAAUAAACCUUUAAUCCACACUUAGGGAGAGUCCCCUCCAAGGAUGCUGCCAUCUUGGAUUUUUGCAUUUUGCAUGUUUCUAUGCUACUACAGAAUGAACCAAAUGACAGAUACACUUUUUUAUUCCACUGGUUGCCACAGUUUCCACCAGAAAAAAUGAGCAUCACAAUUGACUGUUAGAUGUUGCUGAUGUUCCCAAUUUUACCCACUGCACCAUUAGCGCCUCUGUUACUAGCUCCAAAGACAGCACAGUGGGGGAUCACCUUGUCUCUUAAUUUCACCUUUGUGACAUUCACAGAGAAGGCAACAUGUCAGAGGGCUUGAAAUGGUGCUUUUGUUUUUUUUUUUGUAGUGGUCAGUCUGUAAUAUUUAAACCAUUAUCAGAAUCUCAACCUCCACAUAACUAAAACCUGGAUUAUUGGAGCACAACAGGAUAACAACAUGCUAGCUUCCCACCUGAGCGUAGCUUCACAGGAGCAUGGUUGCAGUUGUCUUAUGAACCACCAUUAUUAGAAACAGUUCAUCACAUUAAUGUGCAAGGAAGCAAAGUCAAAUUAGGUAGGCUGAGUUUGGCUAGCUUUAGCAAUGCCAACACUUCCUGCCGUCGCUCCUUCUCGCAGGUUAACAUUUACACCUCUGUUACAAUUAAACAUUGCUCUGGUCGAGAGGUUAUACGUCAGUUUAUGUCUUUCUACUCCUAUGGGUGUCGCCCACUGCUCUGAUUGAAACCUGUAUAUGAGAGAAAGGAGAACAGGCCCAUUAACUGGAGCUAAAGCGCCCACUUGUGGUAAGUGGCUGCUUUACAGCUUACACGCAACACUAUCAAGGUGUGUCAACUAAAAGUUAUUUUACCUCUGGCAGCUCAGAUGGUUAUUUGAAGUGUCUGACAACAUCACAGAAAGUAUCCAUACGGAGAGAUAGCCUUUCGUCAAAAAGAACGAGGGUUUUUACACAGACACGGCUGCCACAUCACUCUACAAAUACACCAGACUCCAUUCACUAAAAAGGAAAUGUGCCAGAUUCAGGAGUGAAGAGUUUGUUUUUGUGUGUUGGGCAUGGUCAUAACAAAGUUUCUGUAACAAAAACAGCUGAUCAAAGCUGUCAUAGACUGUGACCCCCCCCCCCCCAGAUCUUCUUUGAAGUCAAGUUUGGCAAAAUUGCAAACAAAUAAGAUUACCAUGCUCAGGCUAAUUUAACUCAAAGGAAUGCAUUGCACUGCAGCCAAGAACGGCCUGUUUCUCUGCUGAAUCAAGCCGUUCUCAGAUUUUCUCCCCAUGAUGUCAUGUGGGGAGUUAGCCCCACCCCCAGGUUUGGUUGGCCCUCCCCAACUCCUGAUCCUUCUCCCAGCUGGCAGCUGCGAAGAGGAUUAGGAGAGACACAUCCAUUUCCUGUGAGGGGCGGGGUCAGAUGGCUCAGUAACAUUUAAAGCCACAGACUGCUGGUUCUGAGCGGGGCUAAAACUGAGGGGUUUUCAGGCAUGCAAAAAUCUGAUACUGGAGUGUUUUUUUUCAGUAACAAACUUUACAGGCAUGUUUUGGGGAUCUCUGAGGCCAAUAUAAACUUGUCAUAAAGGGGUAAAAUAUGUGAACUUUAUAGAAAGCAUAAAGAAACCUUGUAAUACUUCACGAUGGCAUUCAUUGACAGAAAAACAGGACCUACCUGAGAGAUGGUAUGUUCAAAAAAAGAGGGGAAAUGAGACAUCUCGCUUUGUUUUUAAUUAGUCUGUAAAUACAAUGGGAGCUAUUGUUGUGGUAUUGAUGCAGCAGACUGUUGAGCUGGCUCUGUAUCAGACUGUUAACAGGCCUCCACUUCAUCCUUUAAAGCCAUAUUUUCAAGACCUAAACAACUCUCUAAGGCCCCGUCCACACAGAGAUAAAUUCAGGAGUAUACGCAAAAGUUUUUUGUCGAAUCGGCCUUUUAAUCCACGUGGAAAUGGCGUUUUGGGUGACUGUCAACAAUACUUUUUGAAAACAGGUCCCAGACUGCACAAAUCCGUAAAUGACUACCAUUUCGUCUCCGUGUGGACAGCCAACCGCACCUAUCUUGAAACAAUUACAUCACACAUAGUGUAGCCCUCUCAAGAUGCCUGUGCGGUCUGGCCAACACCACAAUGGCGGAUUACAGGGUUGUGUUUGUGCUCCAGAAGCUACUCAGCUUGUUAUGGCUUUUACAGCAAAAUCUGACGCUCCUUUACCUCCACCGCGAAACGCACACACCAGAUGUUCUUAAAUCCAACGUGGAGAACAACCAGAAGGGCAACUAGAAAAAAGUUUGUGUCAGUUUUCUGUGAUCUUCUUCUCUCUUUUGGUGCAUUUCCGUAGCAGCAUUACAGCGCCACGUAUAGGCUUGACAUAUGCACUACAGCGUUUUCAGCCGUUUCCUGUGGUUUGGUGCUUACGCGGAUAUUUUCUGAAAUGAUCCCAUCUGUACAGAAAAUGUUAUAAAACGAAAUGAGUAUUUAUCAUUUUCAUCUGCGUGUAGACGGGGCCUAAGAGACAAAUGUUUUACAUUUGCUGAAUUUCUCUCUCUUUGACGACGGAUUUUUGAAGAGUGUUAGCACUACAGUCAAAGUUGUCUCAAAGCGAGCCUGGAGAGGUCAUAUGAUGCACUUUAUGGAUGAAUGGUGACCCUUAGUGUUUGCUAGGACUUGUUUGUACUACUUUAUUUGUUGUAGACAGACACAUGCCUUUUCAACUGUUGAAUCUGUCUCUCCUCUGAGCUGAUGUGUUCAUAUGUGAUUGGGUUUUUGUUUUUCUGUCAUUUCCUCUUAUGUCUUAAGUGCCUUACAGAUCUUUCACUUUACUUUUGAUGUGUUUGAACAGCUUUAUAGACUUGUUUAAAUAUGUUCCUCUGAUGCUUUUGAUUGACACUCGUGUGCAUGUUGUUAGGCUAAACUAAAAUGUUUUUAUAAUAUUAAAAUCUUAGAUCACAUGUACACUGAUAGUUGCACUAUGAAAGAUAAUUAUGAAUAAUGAUUCACAAUAAUGCCCUGGAGUUAAAGGGAUAAUCCACUGAAAAAGUUUGCUCUGUAAAUACUGAAAUGAGGACCAUAAGGAAAUAUUUAAAUUACACAA